AUGGCGAAAGAAGCGAAACACGCCGAGUCGGAAACAAUCUCAGCUGAGCACUAUGAGAAUGUCUCAGACGGCGGAGAGACGGGGAUGAAGAAGAUCCAACAGCCAAAAGCUAUUGGAACAGUAACGAUCACUGAUAUGAAAGAUAUCUUUCUCGUUCCUUCUCCAAGCGCAGAUCCCAGGGUCUCAAGCUUGUCACUAUCCCUAGUGUCUGGAUUCGGCGGUCUCCUUGGGUUCUAUAUUCCCCAGUAUGCCGAGAAAGGCGCAACAUAUGCAGAUAUAACGGCCCUUAUGACAUAUCCAUCCAUGUUUAUGGGAAUUGGUAAUUUGAUCUGUAUGCCUUUGGCCUUGGCUAUUGGGCGACGACCUGUCUUUCUCGGCUCCUUGUUGUUGCUUAUUGCUGGAGCAGUUGCAGCAGCAUAUGCUAAGGAUUACAACACUCACCUCGGCAUGCGUAUGUUGCUAGGUCUAGCAGCAGGUCAGAGUGAAGCAUUGGUCCCAAUGAUGAUUCAAGAAAUCCACUUCGUUCACGAACGCAGCACAUUCCUCAUGUGGCAGUCCGCUGUUCAAACAACCCUCGCUGCAGUAUACACCAUUUUUGCGUCCCCGAUUGCGCAAGCAAUUGGACCAGGAAAUUGGUACAUCCUCGGGGCAGGUCUUUGUGCAGUAACAUUUCUCGUGUCUAUUCCAUUCGUCCCUGAAUCUCGAUACGACCGUUCUCUUGCAGCCUAUGGCCAGUUUUCUAGAGAAGAGGGUGGCGAAGGGAACGAAUCUCGAGAGACUGCCGCGGCACCUGUGAAAUUGACUGAUCGUCCUGCGCUGGACACCACUCGUUAUAAGCCAAGAACAGUGUGGUCGGAUAUGCAAUUGAUGGUUGGCAAGGCCGAUUGGCGUGAGGGUUACUAUGGCUUUAUCAAUACUUUUCAGAUUUUGCUUUUCCCCAAUGUCUUCUGGGCGUUUUGUCUCAACGGCCUGACAAUUGGAGUGAACAUUGCAAUUGGAACGACAUAUGCCGGGCUAGUUGCGGCGCCUCCUUACAACUGGCCCGACUCCUCUGCAUCAUACGUCAAUGCUGGACAAAUUGUCGUAGCUUUCGUUGCCCUGCCUCUUUUAGGCAAUGGGUCGGACUUUAUCAUUAAAUGGCGAGCGAGACGUAAUGGCGGUGUUCAUGAACCCGAGAACAGGCUUUUGUUGCUCUGGAUCCCACUCAUCGUCGGCGUCCUUGCAUCCAACUUGUACGGCCAGGCUGGUUCGCAUCCAGGUGAUUAUCACUGGUUUGUCUUUGUGUUCGCGAAUGCUGGGUACUAUUUUGCAUUCGUGGGAGCGAACAUUGCAGCCAUCACGUACCUUCUUGACUCGUACCCUACACGAUCUGGGCCAGUCCUUGUUGUCAUUACCGCAUUCAGAGGCUUUGUCAGCUUUGGUGUUAGCUAUGGUGUGUCGAAGUUCAUCGACAAUGCUGGAUACGACGGUUCAUUCGGCACUUACGCAGGAUUGACGGCUCUUCUGGGUUUACUGGGAAUUCCCAUUUUCAUUUACGGAAAGAGGAUCAGGACUUUUACAGGCCGGUAUGCAACUAAAGAAAAGACAGGUCAUCCUUCAAUGUCCCAUUGAGAGCCUGACAAGUCGUGUAUCACAAGGGACCAGAUGCAGUUUAUGGUUAGUUGACUGGUUGGUUGGGCGUGAUUAUUGAGAAGAAAUCGGCCUUGGUGAUGAUUGCCUCAAAGGAUUUGUUCCAGAUGGCUAGAUGUAACCUCGUC